AUGUCUUUCCACCAAACCUCGACGUCGGAUCUUCCGAAUCAUCUUCAGUCUGAAUCAAAUAAUAAUUUCAUAUCAACAUCCAUACAAUUCCUUGAUGAGCUUAAUCAAUCGUUACUCCUCGCCAUCUUAUCUUCCUUUGAAAAUUACAAACCAAAAAUUAUUCAAUCAUUACUUUUUCCUCUCUCCAAAUUAUCUCAUAAAAAAUCAGCAGUGACUUUAAAUUUGCGAAUUCAACCGAAAAACAAAAAACUUGAAGUGUUAUUUAUGAAAAGAGUAGAAAGAAAUGGAGAUGUAUGGAGUGGGCAUGUUUGUUUUCCAGGUGGAAAGUUUGAAGAAAAUGUCGAUAAAAAUCUCUAUGACACUGCAGUGAGAGAAACAUGCGAGGAAAUUGGUGUGAAUUUAAGUGGUGACAGUUUCAAUGUUAAAUAUAUUGGAAGAGUGGAUGAUCAUUUAGCUCAAGGGAACUUACCAGUGAGCUGUUUUGUAUUUUUAUGGAAUUAUUAUACUGUUACGAAUGAGAAUCAAGUAAUAAGUAAUGUGAAAUAUAAUAUCAAUCCAACAGAAGUGGGCGGAAUACGGUGGGUUCCUUUAGACCUAUUUAUUUCUAACCCAAACAAUCGACAACGAGUGAAAACAAUACAAGUAGACGAAUUUGGAAAUAAGACCAUUACGAAUUCUCUGUCAUUUCACAUGGGUUUAGUAUUUCCAAGAUUAAAGCAGAUGUUGGGAGAGCAUAAUAUUAGAAAACUAAUUGUCAAUUUUCCUUGUAUUGAAAUUCCUGUGAACCCUCACGACUUGGAUGACGAAAAUAUUUCGGAUUUGCAGAAUCCGCAGCUAAAGUUUGUUCUAUGGGGUUUAACUCUUAGAAUUUUAUCUAAUUUUCUUAGAAUUAUUCAUGAGUCUUUGCCACUACUGAAUUAUGACUACGACACGGAGAAUAGAAUUGUUGAUUUUUUGACUCAAUAUUCGAAUCGAUUUGCCCGAAACUUUUUAACACAAUACGAAACAGAUGAAAGUAGUCCUAUCCCUCGGUCCGAGCGUCUCCCAACCAGCAAUUCAAACCAUACAACAGAAUUACUGAGUAGAAUAUCCAAGUUGUGA